AUGGAUAAUUUACCAAAGCUCACAUGUCCCAAUUUGAUAAGGACGAGCACUCUUCCCUCUGAGUUUAUCCGUCAGCAUCUCGAUAUAGUUAAUACUCCAAUACUGCUUGACGUUGGUUCAGAGGUUACUCAAAUGCAGCUGAACUGGUGCAAGGAAGAAGAGCAAGAGGAAAGACGACUUGUACGUCUCUUGGUGCAUCGGGAGUCAUACGCAACUUUCAAGAUUCUGGCAGAGCCGGUAUCGCCAUUCUCAUACUCAUCAAGUGACGAUUCCUUAGUUAUAUCAUGCAUCAAAUGGAAAGAAAAAGAUAUGUGCGUUGUUACAUCUGUGGAUGUCAUCUUAGUGCUCGAGUUUCUUGUUGGAGAACACUUUUCUAUCGAAGAAAAAAGUCGUGUUCGUCGAAAUUUACAGUUUCUCAAGCCGUAUACUGUCACAAAAUCAUCAAAUGAAAGCCGCAGAUUAUUCUCAAGUUUGAUGUCAAUGGAAAACCCCCGUCCAAGAAAUAUCGAGAAGGGACUCAAAGUCUUCGAAUGGUCAGACUUAUUUGUCGCUGUCAAUAGAGUGCUUUCAAAGUAUUCGGCGAAUCCGGAGAAUACAAAUGCCCAGAACUUGACUGCGACGAACGUGACGCUUAACGAUGGGGAUGCUCCAAAAACCGAGUUCUCCACACUGAGUUUCUCGAGGAACGCGGAAUCCCUGAUAGAUGGCAAACACUCAAUUCACGAGGCUGCUGUGUUGAGUCACAAUGGAACAGCUUCAGACCAUCCACAGUCUAUUGUUAGUAGCUCAAAGCUACCUAAGUUAGACAAUGAGUUGAAUGCAUUCAACAACUCCGAGACGUCUGGCUCUUCGACAGACUUGUCUCUCAAAUCCAAGUCCCAGACCGCUUCAACAUCCGUGGGAGCCUCGCUUGACGAAAAAAGCUCGUCCGGAAUAUCAAGUUCAACUGAUAGUGGAAGCGGCAAGAACACUGACGACGGCUCUGGAUCUGAUGACUCAAGUGGUUUGGGCAAAGGGAGUUUUAAGCAUAAGCCCAGCGCUAUUCCAGAGCAAGACAUGAAAGACUCGGAAGACAGUAAAUCGCCGACACCUGUGGAAACAUCACACCCUCCUCAUCUCAAGUACCUUCCGGUACAGAAAUUGAGUACUGCUAAUAUGAAGAAGCAUGAUCUUGAGUUGGCUCAAAUGAGUCCGCUGGAGCGUGAAGGGUCAAACACGGAGGGCAGCAGCACGGAGAGCUCCAGCCGUUAA